AUGUCAGUCCUCCGACAUGGAGGAGGAGGCGGCUUCCUCCAGCGACGCCUCACAAAGCUAUAUACAGACACAAAAACCUCCUGCGAGAGUGUCACAACGGCAUCGAAAGCUCUGGAUGACCCAGAGCUGGUCGCUCUCCACGGCAGUUUCCAGAAACAGAGAGAUCGUUUGCUGGCAUGGGGUCUAGAUUGGAGCGAUGCAAGCGCCGCGCAGCCCAACGAUAUCGAUGAAUCGUUGACCGCUGCAGGCUUCAGCGACGUUGUUGAGAGUGUUAUGUCCUCGAUCCAAGAACUACUCAAUGAUGCCGAACAAAUCCAACAUUUGGACGCGCCUAUGCUGCCUUCCAAGGAACGAAAAGUCGAUAUACCUUCGAAGGAUACACUGAGCAGCAAACCACUCAAAACACAAUGGACAGAGGAAGACAUCGCCCGCUCGAAGUCAAUCCUGAGUGAACUCACCGGCUGCAUCGAUACUCUCUACGACCUCUCGCGCUCUCGACGAACGAUGGCUUCCAGCAUGUCAUUUAAUAAGAACAGCGCGCGUCGCCCGCGACCCAAUACAACCUCACCCUACGAUUCCUCACAUGGCUCGUUUUCUGAGUCGAAAGAAAAAGUUCAGAGCCCAACUCAAAUGUUUGAUUCCUAUACCUACUCCCCUACAACACCACACCAAGAUUCCCUAAAUCCUUUUCUCCCAUCCAACAACCUCCUCAUUGAUCGGUCGGCUCUACAACUAUAUGGAGCGGCCCACGAUAACAGUCCACCACCAUAUGAGCCUGUUGCGGCGUCUUCGAAUUCUCGUGCCAUUGGACGCCUGAAGUCUUCGGCCUCGCCUCUUCUUGCGUCCCUUAGAGAGUCUCAUGUCUCUGUGCUCGUCGAGUUUAUGCCCAUACUAGCGGACUCGAAUAUGGAAAACAAGAGUGCCCGACUGGAGAAGCUUCAGCAAUCUCUCGAGCAACUGCUACAGAACGCCAGAAUCUCCCACUUAGGCCUGAUGCGAUUUUUGGGCUACUGCAUUGAUAACUCGAAUGCUCGCUAUGCGUUUCUUUACCAGAUGCCAGUUGACUACUUCCCCUUUCUUCAGAAUCCCAGUGAUUUGUUGAAGGAAUUGAAGCCUAAGCCACUGGUGGCUCUCCUUCCUUCAGCAGAGGAGUACCGGGAGAAUCGGGUUCCGAACCUCGACACUCGCUUUCGGCUUGCUUACGAUCUCUUGAUGUCGGCUCUGCACUUAAGAAGUCAGAACGCCGUUCAUGGAAACAUCAACAGUAGCAAUGUGAUUUUCUUCCCUGGUAGAAGUGAUGCCAGUGGUGAUGAAAGCGGUCUUGCACCUGAUCUUCGCCGAUGGGCCUACCCCGAGCCUUUGUCUUCAGCCAUGUAUCGCCAUCCAGAUGAUAAGCGAUCUGUCGAAGAUGAUGGCGCGUGGGCCUACGACCUUUACUCGCUUGGCCUCAUCUUACUGGAGAUAGGGCUGUGGGCACCCGUUGGCCGGCUUUGGAAGAUGAAGUACGACCGCUCAUGGUUCAAACAUCGCGUCGAAGAUCUCUAUGUCAAGAAACUUGGACCAAAGUGUGGAGGUGCUUAUCUCCAAGCCGUUCAAUUGUGUCUUGAUGCUCCCAACUUCCAUUUAUCCACACAACCGAUGACCGACCUUGGCCUUCGUGUUCCGCAGAUUUACCACUACCCAGUGCUUGACUUGUCAGACCCUGAUGGCACCUUUUCCUUCUCCAUGAACUUCAUGUACACAAUCUGCAAAAUCCUCUGGUCAUGUUGCCGGAUUGAUAUCUUCUCGGCACCUUCAGCAGAAGAGUUGGAUGAUUGCCUUCCACUUGCUCUUGUGCCCACUCCUGAACCUGUCACCAUCCAGGACAAAGUCAAUGCAUACAAAUCAGCGAAGCUCGAAAGGUCUCAAGCUGACAAGCAGCUACCCACAACUCCUGCUGAUUCAUGGGGUGUCGUUCAGGAAGACAAGCCUCUUGUGAAGCCACAAAAGAAGCGUACUGUUAAGAGACUGCCUAACUUGGAGAUUCCCGACGAACACUUGCAAGAGUGGAAUUGCCAGAUAAUGCCCAGAGUGAGUCGUCUUCUUCAGAAGAUCUUGAAAGAGUCAUCUGAGUCAUGCGGUGUAAAUCUCAUUAUGACUGGAGAGUCAUCUGAAAGCGCCAAAACGACAGUCUGUGUCACCUGUACCAGCGUGAAGAAAGUCAGAAUGGCGCUCAAGAAGCAUUUUUCCCUUGGCCGGGACGAUUGGGAUUUGAUAGUCCUCCGUGGCGAGAUCGAGCGCUCUAAGCUUCCUCGAAACAGGCGCCGGAAACCAGCCAAGGCCCGACCUCCUGUAUCAAAUGAUAUACCUUUUCGUCAGCGGGAACUCAACCCAUGUCACCAACAGCGGCCGCUGUGUGGAGCAUCUAUCGGUGCCUUUCAGAACGAGGAGCACCUACCCCCCGUCUCAUACGGUGGUGCGGUCUUCGUUGACGGCUUGCCCUAUGGUCUGACAGUUCACCAUAUGUUGGAAGCUCCCAGCGAGGAUGAGGGCCCAGGCGAUGGCCCUGAAGACUCCACUCAAGACGCUCCUUCAAGAUCGGCUGGCAACUGGCCUCGUGACACAUCGCAUACCCCACAUCCUGGAUUCAUGUAUGACUAUUCCGAGGAUGAGUCUCCCGAGGUGAACCAGGAUUUCGAGAUUUCCGACUGGGAGGACGGAGACGAUGCAUCCCAAGGCCCCGAGUCCGGGUAUGAUGAAGUCUGGCUCUCAGAUGACGAUUCCUCGGAUGAUGACUCUCUCGGUCCGGAUGACGAUGACGAUGACGCUGCAUCUAUUGGCGAUACUGCUGGCAUCGAACCAGGUGAAGAGCCCCGGCUGCUUGUCACUCAACCAGCUAUUGACGACGUACACGACGACUUUUUUCCAUCCCCAGAAGAUCGCGACGAUGAACAUCUAGCCUCACACUCCCUGGGUUACGUUCACGCAUCGUCUGGUGUUCGACGCUGGACACGCAAGGGUCUGAAACAUGAGAUAGACUGGGCACUCAUCAAAGUCGACGAAGCCCGCAUGGAUCCUCGCAACAUUAUCCUCGAUACCACCAGAUCUAGUAUGGCUCGUGCGGGACGCCCUAUUCCGCCUCAGCCCAUCUACCUGAAUCAGGUAGCCCGUAUGGAGGAGCUAGGUGGGAUGCAGGUUCAUUGCUGCGGCCGAACAAGCGGACUACAAACGGGGCAGAUAUCCAAGGCCAUGACAUUGGUCAAACUUCAUGGACGGCACUCUUUUUCAACCAGCUUUUGCGUCAAUGGGAACUUCGGAGCCCCCGGCGACUCCGGCGCAUGGGUCUUCGACCGCCCAACCGGCCGCGUCUGCGGUCACGUCCUCGCCUGGUCCGCAAAAAGCAACACCACAUACAUCUCCCCAAUGGAGGUGACCUUCGAAGACAUCGCCCGCACCCUCGGCGCCUCCCUCGUCUCCCUCCCCGGCGACCCCACCCGCUCAAUGGGCUACAUCAACCCCAACUCCCAACCUGUUCAAUAUCGCUACCAAACACAGCGUCUUCCGGGCGACUUCGGAGCUCUGGCUCUUGGCCCAUCUCCCGGUCCACCUGUUCCGCCACACCCGCAUCAUUAUCCUCAUCCCCAUCCUCAUCCUCAAGCUCACCAUCCUGGUUACGGACGUCCCCCGCCUCCGCCUCCACCUCCUCCUGGCUCGCAGGCCCGUGGAUCCGUGUAUCGUGGUCCUGUGCCUCCGAUUCCGCCUUCUCUCCUGACUGGUCCGCGCAAUAUCGAGCGACAAAUUGCUUGA